AUACAUGCUCCCCUGGAUGUUGCAUUAUCGGGCGAACUUUAGCCCUUAGCCUGUGACGAAAGCAGAUAACAGAACGUGACUUAGACUAGUGCCAUAAGAGGACCUGUCGCCUUAUGGAUGUCAUUUUAGGUAAAAUUUAAACAGUGUUAUUUACUUUUGGCGAAAACCAUUAAUGAAAAGUUAACGUUUACCGGUUGAUUCAGAUAGACAAGCUCAAAGUUGAUCCAGCACUAAUCGAGUACUGUAUCUAUUUUUUCGUCUUACUUUCACCCGCAGAUAAAAAACGGGCCAGUCCGUUCUCGAUCUUUUUGAACAUGUUGUUUCUUGAAAUAUCAUCAAUCAAAAGUGUCGCUUAGUUUAAUGUCAAUAUAAGGAUUUCCUUAUAUCACGUGUUGGGUGCCAUAAAGCUUUCGUCAUCCUCAAAGAAUAAGAUGACUUAUUACCCACUGCUUAGAGUUCGCAAGCGAUAAAGAUCUUGGAUUGCUCACAUUGGCGUACAACAGAAUCAGCACAACAGGAAAUUCUCCUCACAUGUAGGGAACAAUGGAGAGGUGAAGCUAGACGUUUUGGUUACAACACAUGAUACCUAACAGGACGAUGUUUCAGGCGGGUGUUAUCUCAAGCAAGCUAAUCUUGCGAUUGUUAAUCGUAUUGAGCAUAAGGUACUCUCUGGUUAGCGGCGCUUGUGUGGAAAUGGAGGAACGCAAAGCAGGAGCAAAAGAACCCAUCCUAGAUAUCCGGGUGUUACCAGACGACAACGAGUUUGCUACAGGGGAGAAUUUCACCGUCACUUGUAUCGCCAUGAAAUCAGACAACCAGGAGGAUUAUGAAGACUAUCUGGUGCCUUAUGAAAUGAUAUACUUUGUUAACCAUACAAAGAUGACGAGUUUGUGCAGCAAACCAAACGUCAAGGAGGACAGAAAAACGUGCUUUCGAGAGAUGACAGGGCUAGGGGUGUCCACAACAAGGUUUACAUGCAGGACUAGCAACGACUUUGGCUGUACCAGUGGGCAGGUCUACAUUAGAGUAAUUGAUCCCUCCCCAGCCAGCCUCAUAGCCACCCCACCCCUGUACCUCAACGUCACAGAAGGAGAACCAGUAAACAUUACCUGUCAAUCAAACGACCUACCGAGACCAACAGUCACGUGGUAUAAGGACGACAAGCCAGCCAAUCAAAGCGUACUUUGGUAUCGAGGGUCUUCUUCAUUGGUCAUCUCUGCUGCGUCAAUCAAGGACCAGGGAGAGUACUUCUGCACAGCGGAAAACACAUAUGGGCAUGCGCAGUCCAACAAAACAAAUCUUCAAGUUUUUGCUGAGCCAGCAUUCACUGAGGAACCGCUGAGCCAAAGCGUGACACUAGGUGAGAACGUGACGCUCACGUGCACAGCACGAGGCAACCCUCCCCCUGACAUAACCUGGAUGCUGAACGGAACAAGGUUGGACAAGGAAUCGCAGUGGAUUAGAAGUAUACUGAUUAUUACAAACGCUAGUUUGUCGGCUCAUGGAUGGUACAGCUGUCUUGCUCGGAGCCGCCUUGGUCAGGUGACGUCACAACCAGCAUUCCUUGCGGUCAGCUUGCCAGUCACCGAUCCACCUUCAGCAGUCUUUAAGUCGCAAGCAGUCAGAAGGGAGUCUGGGCUUGAGACCUGGGUGAUAGUUUCCAGUGUCCUCGCGGCUACCGCCUUGUGCAUGAUCCUAGUAUUUGGACUCUAUCUAUGCAGAACUCGGAGAGAGCGACUAUCGAGAUCUUACAAAGUAAAUGAAAUCGAAAAGACAAAUGACCCAGUUCUGAAAGUGCUGUUUUCGGCUGAAAGGGAGUUUAAAUUUGAGGAAGCCAAUAACAACAAUGAAGAUGAUGCCACUUACAUCAGGAUGAUGGGAAUGGAGAGGGAAUGGGAGAUACCACGUGACCGCCUGACCUUGACCGAUGAGGCUCUUGGAAGCGGGUGUUUUGGCAAAGUGGUGAAGGGCAUGUACCUAAGGACCAAUGGCGCGGAAAUGACAGUGGCUGUCAAACAACUGAAAGAUAACGCCCGUGAGGAUGACAGACGGGACAUGAUGACGGAGAUGGACAUUCUUAAGCAUGUAGGACGACACCCAAAUGUAGUAAGCUUGGUGGGCGCAUGCACCCUCGAUGAGCCCCUGUUUGUUGUGAUCGAAUUCGUCGAGGGAGGGGAUCUACGGGACCUAUUGCUCAAAAGUCGAAUGUCUAGAAACAAAUGGGCCAGCAGCAGUUAUGAAAACUUGCGCUCGCGAUUGAACGAAAGACAGCUGCUCUUUCUCGCGCUGGGCGUGGCCAGGGGUAUGGCGCAUCUAGAGGAAAAGCAGUGUAUCCACCGGGACUUGGCCGCACGUAACGUCCUUGUGGGUUUGGGCCUGGUGGCUAAGGUAGCAGAUUUCGGACUCGCCCGUCAUGUGACAACAGACGGAUUGUAUAUCGUGUCAGCGCAAACUAAACUCCCCUGGAAGUGGAUGGCCCCUGAGUCUUUACGUGGACUCUACACAACCAAGAGCGACGUGUGGUCGUUCGGUGUUGUUCUCUGGGAAAUUGCAACUCUUGGUGAGACUCCGUACCCAAAUGAAGUGUCGAUUAUGAAGUUACUCCAGCAUUUAAUCGAUGGACAUAGGAUGUCAAAACCGCCGUACUGUGACGAGGAAAUAUAUAAACUGAUGCUUGAGUGUUGGCAACUAGAUCCCGCGGCUAGGCCAUCGUUCAAGGAGAUUGAGCGCACUCUGAAAAAGCUUCUCGAAGAAGCACAUAGGACGUACGUAAACGUAUCGCCAGUUGAAGAUGAGAUUGCAGUGUAGUGCUUCGCCCCGACGAUACUGCGAAUAGAUAUCGAUUGAAAAAACGAAUGAACCGUUUUACAUGGCAUGCAAUAUUGCAGAGGGGAGGGGGUGGGGCAAACUUACUAGGACAAGCAUGAUACAUCAGUAAAUAUGACAUCGUUCCGUUUUUUAGUUGAUAAAUGAUAUAAUCUUCAUAUUUAUCCAAAAUCUGUAAGAAAAGGUUUUUUAGAUUCCGUUGGGUAUGAUCUGAUAUGGACAAAUAUAAUUAACCCAUGGUCCACCAGUCCAAGGUAGCGCUAUUCUACGAUAAUAUAUCACUUUAUAAGUGAA